UUGCAUUUGUGGCUUUUAAGUUUACCAAUCGUGUUGUUAUUUUAUAUGGCGGAUAAAUUUGUUUUUAUUUUCUGCUAUUGGGUACUUAGUUGUUUUGUUUAUUCGAUGUAUAAGCGGAAAAGCUGUGAAAUAUACUCAAUAAUUUUUUAAAUUAUUAGUUUUUUGUGUUUAUAUUGAUUUUUGAUCAUCGAGGAACGCAAACUGAAUAUAAUAAGCAUGCAAAACUGCGGGUACAAUGCAUUUUAUGUUAUUAGCUUGGAAAGCAUAUCGCUGAGCCAACACAAGAGCUCCAAUUAUCCGCCAGCUGUGGAAAAGAAGUGCUUAUUUUACAUUUAAUCCAGUAAGAAGUUUUUUUAAGGCUUUACAAUAUGGAUUGUGAAUAUUCAUUUAAUAAAUACAUUAUAAAAGAAAGCGGAAAAAUUUAACUUAAUCUUUGUUAAAAUUUGCCAAUGAUAUAAAAAAGUUCAAAUUAAAGUGAAAAUUAGUAUUGUGAAAAAGAUAAUGUUUAUGCUUUGACCCAAACUGUAAGCAACAUGUCAUUAACGAAAAAAGAUCCUACACUUCGUGUUGCUGCCAAUGAUCCGCAUUUGGUCAGUUUGGGUGGUGGACGUUUAAGCACCGCUGUCACUAUCCAUUAUAUACCCAUAGGUGAUAUGACUAUUGGCUCGGCUUCCACUUGCAGUAUAUCUCUGAAUGGUAGUGGCGUUCGACCGAUUCAUUGCACAAUAUACCGCAGCGAAGAUAAUGAAGUGACAAUCGUGCCCGAACAGGAUGCUCGUAUAUUAAUCGACGGCACAAAGCUCACACAUGAAACGAACCUAACGCAAGGCGCCAUGAUCACCAUCGGCAACUCGAACUAUUUACGUUUCAACAAUCCAGCAGAGGCUCAACUGAUACGCUCCGCCAUGGGUUCGAACGAACGCAUCUCCAUGCCACAAAUAGACUUUACUCAAGUGCCACAACGUGAUUCCACGAAAAGUUUUAGCUCCAGCAAUGGUAGUGCAGAUGCGCGCCAAUCGCUAGCAAUUGAUUCUUUCUAUGAGGAACACAUCAGUCCCAUGUCAAAUGGCCAAUUGUCGCUGUCGUUGGGUAGAGAGUCCAUGAAAAGUGUUUUGGGCAGUGAUAAGUCUUUAUAUAAUAAUGUGUCGUUAGCGCCAAUCGAUAUAAAUAGUUUUCAGUGUCCGAAAGUCUUUGCCGCUGACUUAGUGACCGUUAAUAUGCCCGCCAAGGAUGUGUUGGGUCAAAAGUAUGCCAAUUUUGCCAAGAAUUUGGCUGAAAACCAUCGAAACGAUAAAAAUGCCAGUCCUGUACGCAACAAUCAACUGAACAAUAGCUUAAAGGGCGGUAUUGGACAAAAUAGCAGUGGGAACUAUGUAAACAUACCCAGUACCUCAAGCUACAUACAGAAUACAAAUGCGUGUGGAAGCGGUGAAUUCCUAGCAAAGGUGAAUAAUACGACGCCUUUACGUAGCGCCAGUGGCGCGAAUCACCACAAUGUACCCGCUUAUGACCGCUACCCAAAACCAGGCACAUACGGUGGCCUGCAAAUAUACCCCAUGAAUGGUGUGAAUACAGAAAUUAAUAGUAACUCCGUAAAUUCCUCACCGCUCCAUCGUUUGCAAUACGAAAGUUCGCCGAGCAUGCAGCGUCGAAAUCUUUCGAACAUUAGCACUUCCGAGAGCGAAUGUCUUGAGGAUAUGCUAAAAAUCUGUACGGAAUAUUCUGAUCGGCAAAAUCAGAGCUGUGCCGCAUCGCUCACUUCCUCGCCAAUGGUUCAAAAUCGCAUCAAAACAAAUGGUUCACUGCCACGUGACAAGAAGUCGCCCUUCUACCACGACGUAUCCGGUUCGCAGCUGCAUCAAUCCUUCACAGGUAGCAGCAGUAAUCUAAGUACACAGCCACAUACCGGUUCAGUCUCCAUUUCAUCCGGUUACGAGAACGUGCGUUUGAUGAAUCAAAAUCGUUUAGAAAUCGGUGGUCAGACUCAAGUACCCAGUUCUCCAAAAACGGGUUAUGAAAACGUCGUAAUUGGCAAGUAUGUCCCACAAAGUCCACGCACCAAAAUUCGCACCACAUGCAUGUCACCGAAAAAGGAACAUUCCUUCAGUAGCGCCUACGGUCAGGCGGCCACUAGCUCGGCAGUGCCACCGCCAGUGGCACCCAAGCCCACGAAACAGACUGAGUACGAGCAACUCAUCAAAACUUUCGAGGAGAAACUGAAAUUGGAAAUGCAAGCGAUCGAGGAGAGUAGUCGUUAUCAACCGCCAAAGGCCAUAAAGCCCGCCCCGGCCUCUGCUGAGCAGUCACCUGCUAAACGUACAAAUAAAAAUAUCAAUAAUCUAACAUUGAACCUACACGAGCCUAAUUCGUUGCAAAACUCACCCAAGCUGCAGAAGAAACCAGCCCCAGCACCACGUUUGUUCUCGAAAAUGGCUCAACUUAGCUUCAAUAAUGGUGGCGGCGUUAAAACCUCAUCAACGGCAGGCGGUGUCAGUGUAGCAUCGCAGAAAGCAUCUGCUUCUGUUAAAAGUGACGUUGAGGAAGUAACGAAAACAGAACAGAUUUCGAUGUAUUCUGACGACGUUGAACUAUUAAAACAAAAGAGAAAACAGCUUUUGUUGCGAGUGCAGGAGCUGAAGAACGAAAUAACAGAAUUGCAGAAGCAAGAAUCGGAGGAGCUAAGGGAGUUGGACUUGGAGAAGGCGCUGGUGACGGCCGAAGUCAACUCGGUUGGUGAUUCUGUUGGCGAGUUGGAAACACAACUUGAACUUUUGCAAAAUAAAAUUCACCGUUUCGAGGCGCAACGCAAUGCUACACGUGUAAUGGAAGAGAAUCAGCAGGCCAAAUUGAAACAGUCAAUUGAAAUGAAGCAAGAUCAAGUGAAGAAAUUGAAAUUGAUGUUGCAACAAAAACCCAGUAAUGACUGCCUCAAAGAAGAGCUUCACAAUGUCAGCGAAUCGCUGGAGAAUGAUCGGAAAACUUUUGAAGAUUUGGAGUUUCAAUAUUUGGAAGAAGAAUCUGAAUGGCACGCUUAUCGCGAGGAGUUGCACAAUGAAGAAACUAAUUUGACAAGUAAAAUAAAAGACAAACGCCUUGAGUUACAACAUUUGGAAAGGCAGGACUUGGGCAAUACCUCUAUGCAUGCAAAAACAUUAAAAGCCAAAUUGGUGAAUGCAUGCAAUGCGUUGAAAACAGAACAAGAACAUCUGAAACUGACUGAGCGCAGUAUUUGCGGCAUAACGGGUGAGUUAACGCUGAACUCGUCCGAGGAAGACAUCAGCCCGGCUUCAUCCUCAUCGCCAAUGCAGCAGCACAGCAAUCUUGCUGCAGGUGUUAUGUCGCAAUCACUUUUCGGCUCGGCUGAAUUACUUUGUCCCAAACACACAACUGAGGAUUUAAUGUCGAAAAGUAUGAAUGAGAAUAUGUUUUAUAACAAUAAAAUCGAGCUACCACUUCAAGCGAACGUCAACUCAAGCACUCCUAAACGAAAGCAACUAUAUGUUGUUGAUAUCGAUGAUGCGCUGCAAACUGCCGGAACCGAAGCAGACGCGUCUCUUCGUGUCAAACUUGACGGGCCGUCUUAUGAUGCCUAUGAUGAACGGGUUAAAUUCAAUCUUUCAUUGGGUAGUGAUGACUUCGAAGUAAAUCCAUUGGAGCGUCGUGUGCCAUCGCAGGAUGAUAUUGAUCGCAUAUGUAAAGUGACAAGCAAUGCGCCGAUUUCGACAAAAGGUGCAAGUACAAGAAUAUUCGACAGCAUCAAGGAGAUCGAACGAAAUCGUCAAUUACUGUUGGCACAGCAAGGUCAUCACGUGAUUGAGCAUGAACGUCAAAAAAUAAUUGAUCUAAAGAAAAAAUGUCAUGAUGAAGCACGCGCUCAAUAUCUUUUAAAAAUGAACAACGGCGAAAAAGACAAUAACAGCAGCAGCUCCUCAAGACAUGAAAUUCGAGAAUUGAAAAAUAUUGAGAGCGAUGAAGCCUCUGCUUGUCUCAACAAAGAUAAUCAACGAGUUGUGACUUCAGCACAAAAGACGAAUAUCGCUGUGGAAAAUGGAGCAACACCGUGUGCGCACAGUGGCGCUAACGAUAGAAUAAAUGAAUUACAAGUUGAGAAAUCUAGUCAGCAACGUCACUCCCAGCCUGAAUUCGUAGAGACACAACUGCGCCAAUCUCCAUCCAGCCCCCGUCCACUCUCCGAAGCCAAUUCGGAUUUGAGCUGCAAUCUGCUAGAAGGCGACCACAAAGGCACCACAUGCAAGUCGAAUUACGAAUUGUCAUCCAACGCAUCGCCAAACGCAGCAAAGAGAAUCAGCGGCAAUAGUAGCUUAUCCACUGACCGCCUAGUCAGCGGCGGCGAUGAUUCCACAGCAGUCAACAAGCGCACAAGCGUCAAUUCGAAUGAGACCACUUCGGGCGGCAGCGCUAGUGGCAGUGGAAGUGGCAGCGGCGCGGUGCAGAGCGAGCGGAAACGUGCUCUGCCUAAACACCAACGUCCACUGACACGUUACCUGCCGAUCUUCUCACCGGAUCUGAAUCUGCGCCAUCACAUAGAAUCGGCUGGACAUCAGAUAACGCUGUGCCCGCAUGUCUUUGUUGAUGCCUUCAGCUGUCGUGGUUAUCUACAUAAAUUGGGCGCUACUUUUCACGGUUGGGCGCGAAGAUGGUUCGUACUUGAUCGACAGCGUAGCGCGUUCAUCUACUACGCGGAUAAAUCGGAGCGCAAGCCAAGGGGAGGUGCCUACUUUUCGACUAUCGACGAAGUGUAUUUAGAUCAUUUGAAUACCUCGAAAAGUGGACGACCACACUGCACGUUUAUUGUUAAGACUAAAAAGCGCAGCUACCAUCUUCAGGCGGCUUCAGAUGCCGCGGCAAGAAUAUGGAUCGAUGCCAUUAUCACCGGCGCUCAAGGAAACUUAGACUACUAAGCUCAUAAAUAUUUUUAUACUAAGGAUUUGUUUAUGUUUAAAAAUUAAAUUAUUAAGUGUAAAAUAAUAUGUUUAAGGUAAGAAAAAGUUACUACAAUAAUUAAAUAAGAGACCAUUUACAGCGUUGGAUUUAUGUACAUACAUAUAUUCAUUAGAAUUCAACGGAAUUAUUACUGACCAUUUAAUUGAUGUUAAUACAUAAGGAUGUAUUUUAUACACUUAUACACUUAAUUAAGUUUACACUUAAAUAUACUUAUAUACUAAAUAUAGGCGACCAUAGUCUGAAAUAGUAAGAAAAGUGCUUAAGAAACCUAACAACGUAUUGCUCAACAUUUUUACGAAAGAAAAAAGUCAGAGUGAAAUCAUUAUCCUGCUUAUCUAGCUCAACAUAAAUAUGUUUCUAUAGAUGUGUGCCUUUAUACUUCAUUUGCAAUGAACAUAAAUAUUUCCGUUGAUAUUUAAACAAAAUUUUACAUAAUUUUUUUAAAUAAAUUUCUUUUAAAAGUCAAACGUUUGUAUGUACAUAUUUUCAUUAAUUAUUAACAGCCUUUUCUUGUAUUUUUCUUGUAUUGACGCACGUAUUUCCUCCCUUUACUGAAUUCAACCGUAAAGUGUUUAGCUCUAUACAUUUAUCAAAGAUAUAUAUUUAUGGAUAUUAUACAAUAUGAAUACCUAUUUGUAAACUUUACAACUAAAAAGUAUGAAAAAAUAAAAUAAACUAUUUUUUUCAAGAAA